CCUACCACUUAAUGAGUUAUCAAGAAUUAGAUGAAAACUAAAACCGAAAGGAAGUAAUUGAAAUACAAACUUCUUCCCGUUUUCUGCAAAAUGAACAUACUAUGUUCAUUCUGUGUUAUUAUCAUUUUGGUGAAAUAUGCUUUUGCAGAAUAUUCGACAGAUGGAGAAAAAUGUAUGUCCAUCACGAGAAACAAGGAAAUUAACAAAUACAGUUAUGGGCAUAUUAAUUGCAAAGAAAAUAAAAGCGUUUAUAUUGAACGAGUCUGGUUGGACAUCAAACGCAACUGUGAAUAUCAACCAUCUUCGUCAAAUUCAUUAUUUGAUGAAAUAUUAGUAAUUCGAUGUGAUGCAAUGUCUUCUUGCAAAGUGGAGUUCUAUCGAUCUUAUCGAUACAAAGAAUAUAAAUACCUAAAUGUACGUUUCCAGUGCAAAGAUUGUCAACCAGUACAUCGUAACACUACAGUAACAAUAACUUGUCCAGUAAACAGUCUCAUUGAGAUUGAUGAUGUGUGGGAUGAUUACACUAACUGUCCAGCUUAUAGAUUUCCACAAAAAAAUAUGACAGAGAAAAAGAAUAGAAUACGUAACAUUUGUACUAAUGUGACUACAUGUUCAGUUAUAUUCAACAACUAUGACCAUCAAGUGACCAGCAUUUAUUACCACUGUAAAGAUGGAAAUAAUACAUUACGUAAUUCUAAUAGUGGAAGCCAUGUCAUUACAACAAGUACUGAGAGCAAUGUGGAAAAUACUCACGGUGAAACAUGCUUAUCUAUCAAGCGUAACAGCCAAGAUCAACUUACAUGUCAAGAAAAAAAAUAUGUAUCCAUAAAGAGAGCUUGGUUAGACCAACAAAAACGUUGCAGUUUUCGAACAUCUUCAAAAACUCUAUUAUUCAAUAGGAAAUUGGAAAACUGUAAUGGAGUUGCUAUAUGUAAUGUGCCAUUCUUUUCAUUUUCAAAAAAGUAUUCGUACCUCAAUAUACUGUUUUACUGUAAAGUAGGCAAAAACACACAAGGCAAUGAUGAUGGUAAUAUAGGAUUUUCGACAGAAACUGAUGCAACUAGCAAACCAAGUGAGAACAGAACUACGGACUAUCAUCAUGACGGUCCCAAAUAUGCUGUCAUUAUUGGAGGAAUAGCAGGAGUUUUACUCAUCAUAUGUAUUAUAGUUGGAGUUUUUCUUUUAAGAAGACGUUAUGGAUCACGGAAUACACAGAAGCCUUCAAGGAACCAAUUGUCGACAGAAUUGAAUCCAACAUAUGAUCCUACUCAUGGUCAACCAGAACCAGAUAAUAAUCAACCAGCUCAUCUGAUGAGUUCACCUGACGAAAUACAUAUGUCAACAUCCCAGGCAGUAAAUUUAGAUAACACAACUGAUACGUCAAAUACGUAUUCACAUAUUCGGAACACCACAGAAGACUCUGACGUUAUGUAUGAUCAUACAGUACGUCAUGCGGUCCAUAACACAUGCGACGGUGAUUACGGAAUUGCACACAGGAGAAUUACAGAGGAUGACUACGAUGUGUCUGGGAACUUUCGUCAGUCACCAGGAAACAAUGCAGACCCUGUUUACAACUAACAAGAUAUCCAAUUUAUGCAUUUGGUAGUUUAUGACUCUAAUGACAUGUCGUUAGUCAACCGCUGACAAUGUUUCUUUCUGACUUUGAAAAAUCACAUGAAUAUGUGCCGGAUACAAAAUAGUUUUUUUGGGGUGAAAGUUCAGUCUUUUGUUCAAAUAUAACUAUAUGACAUUACUAUGUGUAGGUCUAGUUCGAAUAAAAGAUUGAACAUGGAGAAUUAAUUCAUAUAAAAAUGCGGAUAUGUAGUAUGAUUGCCAUUGUGAAUCAAACAACCAACAAGAGUUAAAAUGGAGUGGUGGUAAGCAACAAUAUGCCACGUUACGACCUUCAGCAAUUAUAAAAACCCAUUUCGUAUUGUCGGCUUUUGAAAAAGGCACCGGAAUAAGAAAUGUUAAACAAUUCAAACGAAAAAACUAACGGCCUACGUUAUAAGAAAAUAAUUAAAGAAAACAAAUAUGUCAGACAUGAACCAACGACAACGAAUGUUCUACAAGCUCUUGAUUAGGGACAGGCACAUGCAGUGUGUGGUGGGGUUAAAAAUGUUUAUAAGCGCUCAACCCUCCACUAACCUGGGUCAGUAGUGUAACACCAUAAAAUAAGAACAAACUGUAAAAGUGAUUACGUCAAAGAAAAAAAUAUUGUUUUUGGUGCAUGAUAUUGCCGGUGAUAUAAAUAUAAUAUUGAGCCAUAGAAAUCUUGUAAUACAAAUUAGAAACUUGGGGUAUAUCGAAUAGUAUGUUUAUACAAUAAAAAAAAAUAUUAUGUAUGUAAAUCAAGAUAGAAAAAAUUAUGAUCGGGGAUUUCUCACGGUGAAAUAUCAUGAUAAAAGAAUUAAAAAUAUAUAGUAAUAUAUGUAAUAGUGUCUUGUUUUCAUACUUGGGAUUGUCUUUCUCAUCAAACAACUGGUUAAUAAGAA